UACUGACAUACCUGCAUGACCCAGAUAUUUUCACGCGUUGUUACACAUGAAAGAACCAUGGAGUUUCAGGGUCUGAUGGCAGAUAAUACACCAAGCCGUCACGAAAAAAGCCUUGGACUGCUGACUACCAAAUUUGUUUCUUUGCUGCAAGAAGCUAAAGAUGGAGUGCUUGAUCUCAAAGUUGCAGCUGACCAAUUAGCAGUCAGGCAAAAGAGAAGAAUUUAUGACAUAACAAACGUGUUAGAGGGUAUUGGUUUGAUAGAAAAGAAAUCUAAAAAUAGCAUUCAGUGGAAAGGAGCAUGUCCAGGGUACCCUACAGAUACAUCUGUGUCCUGUGAAAACCAGUCAACUGGAACAGAAGUAUCAGAAAGGCUUAUGACUUUGAAGAAUGAAAUCAGUGAUUUAGACAGACAGGAAAAAGAAUUAGACCAGCACAAAUUGUGGGUUCAACAAAGUAUAAAAAAUGUUACAGAUGAAGUCACAAAUACUCGAUUAGCCUAUGUAACACAUGAAGAUAUCUGUCGGUGUUUUAAAGGUGAUACAUUACUGGCUAUACAAGCUCCCUCAGGUACACAACUAGAAGUUCCUAUUCCAGAAUUGGGUCUGAAUUAUAAAAAGAACUAUCAGAUUCAUCUUAAAAGUACAUCAGGUGCCAUAAAUGUUCUGCUAGUAAAUAAAGACACAGAGGAAACAAGUCCUGUUGUUGUACAGGUACCCCCACCUCAGGAAGAUCCACAAAAUCAAAAUGUUGAUCCUGAUCCUAAAAAUACAAAUAAACAGGGAAAGAAUGUGCGGUCACCCAUGAAAUCUCCAUUACGGCAGUCUCAGCCUGCAGCCGACAUCGAUACAUCCAGAAUGGCAACUCGAUCAUCACCACGGAAAACACAACCACAGCCAUCAACAUCAUCAGCACUUCCAUUUUCUACAUCAAACUUGCUAGAUCCAAAUGACCUGUUUGACCCCUCCAGAGCAGAUCUAGAUGGUAUGGAUGGUGACCUGAUAGAAGAGUUAAUGUCAUCAGAAGCAUUUGCACCACUUCUCAGAUUGAGUCCACCCCCAAGUGAUAAAGAUUAUUAUUUCAAUUUAGACGAUUCUGAAGGAGCAUGUGAUCUGUUUGAUGUGCCUUUAUUAACCAUGUGAUAAUUAGAACUACCUCAUUAAAGUGUAGAUUUAGUGCUAUUAUAUACAUACCACUGCUAAAAGUUAGAACCUCAUUAAUGCUAUUCAAUAAGGGUGUGUUUUAAUGUAGGAAAAUGUUAAAGGUGAAGUAUUAAGGAGGUUUUAUAUUUGAAAAGUGGUAAAUUCUUAAAUGCAGACAGUUACCUGGAUUUAGAAUAAGUUUUUGAAAGAAUUCAUACAACUUCAUCUAUCAUCUGACAAGAAAAUGAAUAUUUUGAAACUCACAUAUGAUAUUUACAUUACAAUAAUUCAUGAUUGUACCCUGAAAUAGGGUUAAAAUGAAUUUGUCAUCUGUUUCAUGCAUAAAAAUUGGGACCAACUUUUUUCUUUACUACUUAAUGUAUGGUAGUGGGGAAAGGCAACCUAUUUUCUCGUAAUGUAGAAAUAUAGCCAUUUAUCUUGUAUACAUAAGUGGCUACUUAUACAUUAUUGGACAUUCAGUUAUAAGCAAUGUUAACACAACAGACCUUUGAAUGUACAGUUUUGAUUUAUCAAUUAUUAUUUCCAAUAAUUUGUAUUAAACUGUCAUGAUUAAGAACUUGUUUAACAAUGUUUUGAAAUUAUGUAUAAAUUUUUUUUAGCGUAAGGCAUUGAAAAUUUGAGUCCAACAGUCAUUUUUAUUGUCCUUGAUGUUUUUUCUUUCCGGACAUUGUGGUCAUUUAAUGUGGAAAAUUAUUUGUCUGGUGGAAUUUUUUUUUCCAAAAGGAGUCUGAUUUAAACAGUAAUAAUAAAUGAUAGUGGAUCCUAACCUGGCAAAGAAUAUUAUGUGCCAUUCCUAAGCUGUAAUGUAGAGUAAUAUAAAGUAAUCCUCGGAUUUGGCAAAUGUUUUUUUACAGAUUUAUUUAUCUGUUUGACUGAUUUGUAAAGCUACAUUGAACAAAAGAAUUUUAGUGUUCUGAUCAUUUCUGUGAAUAUUGCUUACCUCCUGCUGUGAUACUUACGAAAGAGUCCUAUUUACAGAAAUUUUUAUUUCAAGCAUUUAUUCAAUAGUUCAUUUGCAUUUUAUUUUCACAUUGUGUUUGAGUAUUUACAUUUGUGUUGGAUAAAGAAUGUGUUCAGUCACACGAUGUAUACAGCAUUAAGGUGGUACAUAACACUACAGGGAGAUAACUCUGUAAAAUCCAGCUGAACGUUUUAAUCACGUUCUAUUGUCAAGGGAAUAUUAAGCUUCUCAAUGAUCGAAAUUAGUGUUUGCCAAACAGCUAAAUAUCAAAUGAAAUUUUUCCGAUAAAGUGUGUGGUUCAAGUUUUUUGAAAUUUUUUACAUUUUUGUCAAAGGGUCAAAGUAAAUAUUUUGUCAACAUUUUAUGAAAAUUAAACGAGCCAAAUGAAUUUUAGUCAAGGUGUUUGGUACCACCUUAAUCCUUCAUUUCUAGAUUUAUUCAAUUUAAAUUUGUUUCAAUCCUUAACAUGUAAAACUUUGUAUGGUGUAACAUUUGGAAGGGUUUGCUUUAGUUUUGUUUUCAUUUUAAUUUUUCCGAAGGAGACUGGGAUUGGGUAUAAUAUAUACAUUGUUCAGUAAUAAUUUGAUGUGUAUGGAAUUUCAUCUCUGGUGAUAACAGUGAUUUAUAAAUAACAAGAUGUAAAUAUUCGUAUUUAUAAAACUAGUGAAGUUUGUGUUUUAUGUUUAGUUUUGAUUUUAUUAAAUGUGUUCAAAAUUAAUCCAAAUAGAUAAGGAAAGACAUUAUUGUAUUUUGAACUUAUAAGUGAAUAAUGAUAAUACUGUGAUUUGAAUAUGAAUAUUAUUCAAAGUUGUCAUUAUUCUACAGGUUAUUUUUAUUUUAAGUGUUAAAAAAAAAAUUAUUACCCUAUUGACACUAAAAAUUAUGUUACAAUUUAGAUGUAUAUUUUUCUUUCAGUAUCAAAUGUAUCAGUCCUGAAUGUAUCUAUUAUAUGUCCAUACUUUUUCUGACAAGCAUUUAUAAAAAAAAAACUGUCUUUUGAAUGUUUAUAUUAUCUUCAUGCUAAGGCAAAAUGAAUUUAUAUGGUAGAUUCUCAUUUCUUUCCACAUAUAUGUAACACUCAGAAACGUGUCCAUCCCCCCAAACGUGUCCGAUUCCCCCAAACGUGUCCAUAUAACGUCACUGAACCGCAAAACAUGUCUAGGUGCUAAAGGGCGCCAAAACGUGUCCUUUUUAAGAUCGCCUUUUUGUGUCAUUUUUUUUAAGAACGCCCAAACAUGUCCAUAUAAAGCCUAAACGUCCCCUUUAUAUGAACACUCAAUCUUGUUCAUAUUUUUAAAGGCCCAUUUAGUUAUUAUAAGUUAAUUGUUUGCCUUCAAAUAGCAAUAACAUGUCCACCAAUAUUAAAUAUAUAAUGUUCUUCAAUAACAAAUUUGGUUAUUGCUCUUUCAAUGACGUAUACUCCUUUUACUCUUUCAUCUAUUGUCCUAUUCCCAAGUAAGACUAGAGAAUAGAAAUAUGGUCACUUAGGUCUUCUUCCGACCGACAGUAAAACCCUUGCCAAAGUGGGGCGUCCGUUCGGCUGUGCGGUAUGUAAAGUACGCAGCCACGUCCGGUCAGAAUGGGGAUGUUAAAUCCUAAGCCUUGUGUAGGGAGAGAUAGAUCUACAUAUUGUAUUUAUUGUAAAUAUGUUCUCGUCUUGAAUAUGCAUGAAAUAUUUGCCACUGGACAUUAAGCAACAAACAACCAAUCAAUUUAUUGACUUAAAUAUGUAUGAAAUAAUUUGCCACAAAACGUUAAGCAAUCAGUUGAUCCAUUAUUUGUGUCAGUCGAUUAUUACCUCUUUCACAAUUGAUUUAACGUAAUGUGACGGUUAAAAAGAUGAUGCACAUUUUUUAUCAGCUCUUCAAAGUAUGUACUGGUAUUAAGUUUUUAGUUUUAAAAUAUUUUUGGUUCGAGUAUCACGAAAGAGACAUGAACAAGAAGAAUAAAUUUGCAUGUAUCAUUACCAUCCCUGAUACCAACCUUAUAAUUCAUAAUCGAUAAGUACCUGAAGACAUAAUAGCGCUAAAAGUUUUGAGACGUUAAGGCGAUUUAAAGUGGACACGUUUUAGCGAAUAACAAAUAUCGGACACGUUUGGGGGAUUAGAAAUCGGACAUGUUUAGGCAAUUUGGGAUUUUGAGGACACGUUUGGGGUAAUUGGACACGUUUGGGGGGGAUGGACACGUUUGGGAGUGUUACAUAUAUACAAAAUUUUGCCAUCAACUUAACUUAUAAUGCCAAUUACUUUUAAAUUUUAAAAGUUUAUUUUCAUUCUCUUAGGAAUGGAUAUGGUUUUGAAUUCUUUUUCUCUUGUUAUAAAUUCCACAGUAGUGAUUAACUUUCAGACAUUAAACAGUUUUUCUUUUGAUGUUGUACAGCCCAUUCUUUUUUUUUGGCAAAAUUAUGCCUGAAAUCUUAUAAUAUAAAAAAAUGUCAUAUAGGUAAUUGUAUGUGCUCUAAAGUUUUGUUUUUUGUCGUUGGAUUUUUUUUUUAAUAACUGGAAAAAAUUGAGAAAUUGUCUAUUAUUAACAUUAGCAUUAGCUUUAGAAAGUAGCAAAUUUUAGAUAGCAGAAUUUCUUUGGUUGGUCAGAAAUUGAUAACUAUUCUUUUGUUUUUAUUUUGCCUUAACAUGAUAAUUCUUGUUACCUUCGAUAAUAACUAAAAGAAUAUAUGUCGACGCCCACCUGUGUACUGUAGACCACACCCACCUGUUGGUUUGUUUGUUAUAUUAUGUUUACUGUUAUAUAUGUAAAUACAAGAUGUAUACUAAUUGUUACUUACUUGAGAAAACUUGAUGUGUAAAUGAUGUUUUUUUCUGAUACAUAUUAAAACUUAUGUAUGUCCUACUUUUUAUAAAAGUUCAAUAUGUUACACUUCCCAAAAAUUAUCUCUUAAAGUGCUAUGCUAAAACAUUUUCUUACAUGCACUAAAAUGGGAAACUGAAAUCAGUUAUCUUCCCUGAGAUUAUAAGAAACAAUCUUUUAAUAAAACAAUCCAAAGGAAAAAAUAUGAUUUGCUUGCAUUAAGGAAUAUGAUAAAGAAAGCCAUGCAUUUCUUAUACAAAAAAAAAGACAUGUUAUUGGUAAUUUCUGGAAAUGGUUCAUUAAGGUGCUAAAGAAGAGCUUUAGAUAUCAUAUUAAGAACAUAGUCAUUAAUAUUGAGGGAUAUUUAGAUAUCAUGCUACAGAAUAGAUUUUUUUUUGUUUAAAUUUGAGUUUAAAACUCAACUUCCAGCCAAAAAAUAUUUAUAUAGUAUAUGAUCUGCAUUUAAAGUAUGCAUAUACAUAUACUGAAAAUGAGAAAGACUGGAUAGUUUAGAUGUCAGGAAUUCUUACUUUUUCCUGUCUUCUUUUUUCUUUCUUUAUUCUAUCCUCUGAAUUCUUAUCUCGUCUUUUAUUUUAUUGUUUACAGAAACCCAACUCACAAGUAAUGAGUCCACAUUGUAUUUUUAUCAUAACUGCAUGUACUUUAUGUAAAUGUAGCAUAACUACCACCAGUAUUGUCACAAAUUUUUGCUCUAAAAUUAAGUAGUAUUAUGACUUUAUGAGCUACCUAUGCAAUGGUAUAAAUUAUACUUUGUUUGUGGCAAAAACAAAUCUUGCAUAUGUUAAACAUUCCUAAGAAGAAAGAAUGGCUGAAAUCUACAUUUCCACAAACUUCUUUUGUGAAAUUAUUGCACAAUACAUUGCCCUGGUUUUAAAAUAUUGCUGAUGCAACUCUGUUUUUCUGAUAUCGUAUAUCCUUACAUGGACAUUUGUAGGACUAAGUCAACAGUGUACAUGUAUUUGGUUAUAGAUGUAAAGAACUGAGUAGCAAAACUUAACAAUCCUUGCUAGAGAAAAAUGUUGGGUCAAUCAAAUACCAUAUUCAGAACAUAAAAAAAACUGUUUAUCCAUUUUUGAAUGUGCACUUUAGAUGGAAUUAUACAAGUAUAAUAGGUUAUAGGUCAAUACAUAUUUGUUUAUACUUUUUAUCAGAAAGUGUGCAUAUUUAAAAAAAAAUUGAAGCACAGCUUAAAAUCAAAGUAAUCUGAUUUACCAUUUAGUGUGAUUUGUCCAGCUAGAUUUUUAUAGUCAGGGAAAUUAUUUGUUUUGUGCUCUUAAUGUCAGCUUCGGCAAACAAUUAUUUUGAUAAAGCACAAUGGCUAUGCUUUGUUUUCUUUUAAGGAAUUAGUCUGAUAUUAGUACUAUAGGAACCAUACUCAUUGUGAUUAAACUGACCAUAUUUUUGCAUUGAAUCGCUGCUAGGUUCAUCACGGAAUGUAAGUGAUGCUGCAAUUCUAACUACUCAAAUGCCAUAUCAUUCUGGUUUAUAACAUAAUAGGACUUUUAACUGAGUGUAAAUUUUUCAUCUACCUCUACACACAUAGAUAUAGAGAUUUUAACAUAAUUACGUUUCCUGUUCUCUCCUUUGCUUCAAUUAAGGGUGUUAAAAUCUCCAUACCAACAAGUAUAAAGGUAGAUAAAUUAUAUCUUUAUUUAAUAUGGUCCAACAAAAAAAUGCUUCUUUAAACAUGAUGAAUAGAAAUUUGGGACAGUAGCUUAUAACUAUAAUUUUUAAAUUUUAUAGUUAAUUUUUUCAAGGUAAAUAUUCUUAUUUGAACAAUUCUGGUUUAAGAUAUUUCCAAUGAAAAUUGACGGGUAGGCAACAAAAAUUGUAGUGGGUUUUGUAUUAGAAACACAAGUUUUUAUUAUCAGGCUUAUCAAUUUGGUGCAACAUCAAAUCACAUUUCAUAAAAUAAAUCAUGUUUAAACAUAUGAGUUUGUAAAUCUAAAAUUAUAAAGUAUAUUUUUUUGGUGGUAUCCACCUAGAGAGUAAAAAGAAGAACAACUUUUCUACGGGAAAAAGAUAUUGAGCAAAAUUAUGAUUAUUAUUAUAGCAUAGAUUGGUCAGUUAUUUACCUAGUGUUCAAUACAUAAUAGUUAUGUACAUAUACUAUUUGUUAUUAAUAAAUAACAAUUUGAAAGCA